GUCCGGGGAGAACAGGUAAACUCCAUGUACAGGCUGUGCCCGAGGUCAGGAUGGAACCUGGGUCUGUGGCGCUGUGAGGCAGCGACUACCAGCCACGCCACCGUGUGCUGCCGUAGUUGAUGGGGAAUGUGUGUGGUGCUUAAAAUGGGAUUAGUGUCAUUGGUCGGUGCCAGUUUCUGAGCUGUGUUGUUGACUACGUUUGCAGGUAUUCCAAAGUCGCAAAUCAUACUCGUGAGGCAGACCUCCACGCAACAAUGGCAGUUGUUCAGACGACUAAGAAUGCUGUGAGUGCAGCCAUGUUUCCCAGCAAGGUAGCCACAGAGCAUCAGUCACUUGUCCUCGUGAAACGCCUGCUGGCGGUGGCAAUCUCCUGCAUCACCUACCUUAGAGGAAUAUUUCCUGAACAUGCUUACGGCACGCGAUACCUGGAAGACCUUUGUGUAAAAAUCCUACGGGAAGACGACAGCUGCCCUGGAUCGUCGCAGAUCGUGAAAUGGAUGAUGGGAUGUUAUGACGCGUUGCAGAAGAAAUACCUGCGGAUGCUGAUUUUGGCCAUCUACACAAACCAGGACGUGGACUGCCAGACAGUAACUGAAUGUUACCAGUUCAAGUUCAAAUACAUGAAAGACGGACCCUCGAUGGAUUUUACAAGCAACAACGGGAAGGUCCGCUCCACCGUCCACUGCUCGGACACGAAGAGGACCAGCAUCCUGCUCAUCCGCAAGCUCUACGUCCUGAUGCAGAGCCUGGGGCCCUUGCCCAACGACAUCUGCCUGAAGAUGAAGCUCACCUACUAUGACGAAGUGACCCCACCGGAGUACCAGCCGCCGGGCUUCAGAGAGGGCACCUCGGAGAGCAUGAUCUUCGAAGGCGAUCCCGUCUUCCUGCGUGUGGGGGAGGUGGCCACCCCCUUCCACGUGCUGAAGCUGAAGGUGACGACCGACAGCGAGCGCAUGGCGCAGACGGACCGGAGCCUGGAGCAGGAGACGGGCAGCGUCGACGUCCCGCCCGGCCAGCGAGCGGGCAUGGAUCAGAGCGAGCAGGUGGAAAUAAACGAUACUUUACCAGCGGAAAGCCCAGCUGCGUCUCAAACACUCGCACCAGAAAAUGUCAACGAUGAUGAACAAGAUGGAGAAACAAGAAUCCCACCCGAGGCGGGAAAGAAUGCAAAUCCAAAGAGCAACAGUCCCCUGACACAGGUGGAGAACCUGGUGAACAAGACCUCGGAGAUGGGGCCAUCCGGCAGAAGGACCCGGAGCGGAAGGCGUUUUGACGGAAGCUUUGCAUCCGUGGAGCCGUUGGACAACGAGCAAGAGGAGAACUCAAAGAAAAAGGUGGUGGGGAAGAGGCCGACCGGCAGGGAACAAUCAAAACCAGUAUAUCAGUUUGAAAUCCCUUGCAGCCAGGACGAAGUCUCGAUGAGGAAAAGGAAGAAAUUCAGCGAGCCUAAGGAGCGGUUUCGUUAGCCGACAAAGUCAGCAGCAUUCAUCAGCUCUCGUGAUUUAUUUGUCUGCUCGGGCAUAGCUGUCUUUUUUCUCGAUGGUACGAAAUGUCCGUCGGGCUUUUCCUCUUCCUGGAUGCUGCCGUGAAGUUUGGGGGUGAGGCAGGAAUACCAACUUCCUUAAAUGACCCCGUCCCCUGAAGAAUGCCCCCCCUGCCCAGUCCUGCAUUUCAUCUCUGCUCCCUCGUCAGGGUUAUGCUUGCACAACCCCCAUGAGCCUGUUCCACCGCUGUUGUACGCACUUCACCUCUUCCUCCAUCACCUGAACUGCACAGAACCUUGCACAGAUACAAAAUACUGGAGUAACUCAUCGGGACAAGCAGCAUCUUUGGACAGUAGGAAUGAAUGGGUGACAUCUCAACUACCUCCUCUGGCAGCUCAU